GUCGGCGCCGCCCCCCUGCCCCAGUCACUGAGCCGCCGCCGAGGACUCAGCAGCCUCCCCCUCGAGCCCCCUCGCUUCCCGACGCUCCGUCCCCCCCGCCCGCCUUCUCCCGCCACCGCCUUCCGCAGGCCGUUUCCACCGAGGAAAAGGAAUCGUAUCGUAUGUCCGCUAUCCAGAACCUCCACUCUUUCGCGCGGUUUGAUGCGGUAGGUACGAGGCCAAGCUUUGGGCGGACCCCUCCAAGAAUCGAAGGUGGCGCAUUUACUAGUGGCGUCUCGCCUGUCUUGGCCACACCCGCCGCCGUGCGUCACGUCCCCCUACGUCACCGGCCGUUGCCAUGGAGGGGUGUGGCCUGAGGGGAGGCGGAGUCAGCUUUGAAUGAUGGGGGCGCAAGCCUGUAAGCUGCUGCCCAGUUGCGUCAGUGGGGCGGAGCCACGCUCACGUUCAGACCCCUUUGCUGAUGCAAGUAAGGGUGAUGACCUGCUUCCUGCUGGGACUGAGGAUUAUAUCCAUAUAAGAAUUCAACAGAGAAACGGCAGGAAGACCCUCACUACUGUCCAGGGGAUCGCUGAUGAUUACGAUAAAAAGAAACUAGUGAAGGCAUUCAAGAAGAAAUUUGCCUGCAAUGGUACUGUAAUUGAGCAUCCAGAAUAUGGAGAAGUAAUUCAGCUACAGGGUGACCAGCGCAAGAACAUAUGCCAGUUCCUCGUCGAGAUUGGACUGGCUAAGGACGACCAGCUGAAGGUUCAUGGGUUUUAAGUGCUUGUGGCUCACUGAAGCUUAAGUGAGGAUUUCCUUGCAAUGAGUAGAAAAAUUCCCUUCUGUCCCUUGUCACAAGUUUAAAAACCUCACAGCUUGUAUAAUGUAACCAUUUGGGGUCCGCUGUUUAACUUGGACUAGUGUAACUCAUUCAUGUAAUAAACUGAAAAGAGCCAUGCUGUCUAGUCUUGCAGUCCCUCAUUUAAACAGAGGUAAAAAAGCCUGGCCGUGCCCAGCCUGAAACAAAUAAUCUAAUGUUUCAGUCAAGUCCAAAGACCUAGCAUCUGAGGCCAUGUCUGUCCAGAGCUUCCUUGGUGCUCCCUCUGCAGAGCUCCCUGUCCAUUUAAGAGAACAUUACUGUAACUCUCUGAGCUGCCCUUGGUGAUGCUCAGAAGAGUAAGUUAAGGUCACCAACAUCCAGUCAGUUAUAUCACCAAGAAAGUUAGCCUUUGAUAGCCAAACAGGGAUUCCCCUGGUAACUUGCACCACCUGACCAGGGAGGAGUUUCAUUUUGGGGGCAGUGGCAGGACAUUUUCUUACAUCAAUCACACCAAGGUCCAGUGUUGUCUGACCAGACAUAGUAGUAGUGCCCUACCUCUGGGAGAUGUACAAGUGGAGAGAACACCAUACUGUGAGGCCAACUUUACCUGAAUUAAACUUUUGACAAGGGAACAAAUUUUGAACUAAUGUAUCAAAACAGUCAAUGUAGUAACUGCGGAGCUUGCAAUUUAUUAGCCACAGCUGCCCAAUGCCAUGUGAAGUAACAGACUGGUUUGGUUUGGGUUUUUUUCUUUUUUUUUUUUUUAGUUUAAAUGUUAUGUAAUGUAUUUAAACUCUUAUUUAAAUAAAACUGGUUUUCAGAAAUGUGA